AUGACCUCCGCCGACCCCAUCAACGUCUACCGUAUUGAGCUUGACGACGAUGGCUCACCCGCAGAGAACGCCACGUACAACCGCCUGCCUCCACCAGAUGCCCCCUACGUACUGAGGUUCAAGGUCAUCGCUGGAUCGUUGGCAUCAAACCAAGGUGUCGUCUGGACUAACUAUCCACCAAAAGGAAAGCAGUUCAACCGCAACGAGUUUUAUCAACAUGGUCUGACCGGGAUUGAGCCCGAAUGCGACUUGUUGAUUACUGGAUCAGGAGCAUUCGAGUACUACGUCGAGCACUCACCCUUCGACCAGGGUGGUACCCUCUACUGGAGCCGCUCAGAGACCGGCUACUUUGUCGUCGACCCCCAAUUGACCCUGACAUCCACAGAGACCUCAGGAGUGAAGGGCAAGCCUGCAACCUCGCUCCCUCUCGAGGGACUUGUGAUCGAGUCCGUUGUCCCCAAGUGGAUGGGCAAGCUGUCGGAGUGGACACCUCAUCUGGAGACCAUCUCAAAGUCGGGUUACAACAUGAUUCACUUUGUCCCCCUCCAGUACCGAGGCAUCUCCAACUCGCCCUACUCGAUCUUUGACCAACUCAAGUUCGACCCGGGCUUCUUCGAGGACAAGGAUCUGAAAAAGUCCGAGGACGAGCAGCGGGCGAUCGUCAAGGCAAAGUUGGCGGAGGUCGAAACAAAGUAUGGGGCACUCUCCCUGACCGACAUUGUCUGGAACCACACUGCCUGCAACUCCACCUGGCUCUGGGACCACCCCGAAGGAGGCUACAAUUUGCACAACUCGCCUCAUCUUAUCCCUGCGUUUGAACUGGACAGUGCUCUUUUGGCGUUCUCGGCCAAGGUUGCAGACCCCUCGACCCCGUUCUCGACCGAUAUCAAGUCGGAGCCUGAACUCAAGGCGAUCAUGACAGCCCUUCGAGAGACCGUCUUCAAAGACAUCAAGCUGUGGGAGUUUUAUGUGGUCGAUGUCCUCACCUCCUUGGAAGAGUUCAAGGCCGAGAUCGCAGCCAAAAAGCCCUACGGUCACGACCUCUUCAACCACGAUACACUCACCAAACUAACCUUGAAGGAAAAGGCGGACACCUUGAGCGAGGCUGCUCUGUCAGGAGCAGGCGAGCACGGCGACCGUCACCACAAAAAGAUCCUCCCCAAUGUGGCAGUUGCAUACAUGUCUGCUCUCCUUAAUAUUGACUUUACCAAGUCUGGAGCAACCGAGACUGUCUACGACGAGUACAAAAAGAUCAUGAAUGAGGUCAAUCUGGAGUACUACAAGGCCUACGAUAGUGAUGUUGAAACCAUCAUCACUAAUAUCGAGAAUCGUGUCAAGUACAUGCGUCUCGACGAGCAUGGACCCAGACUUGGACCCAUCACUGAGGAAAACCCGUUGGUAGAGACAUACUUUACCAGGCUCCCGGAAAACGAGCGCACUGCUGUCCACCCACGGGGAUCACUGGCGCUUGCCAACAACGGAUGGAUCUGGAACGCCGACCCUCUUCAGGACUUUGCUGGCAAGGACAGCCAUGCCUACCUUCGCCGUGAAGUCAUCAUCUGGGGCGACUGCGUUAAGCUGCGAUAUGGAAAAGGACCCGAGGAUGUGCCAUGGCUGUGGGACCGUAUGAAGGAGUACACGAUCCAAUCUGCGCGCCUGUUCCAUGGAUUCAGAAUUGACAAUUGCCACUCGACACCGAUCCAUCUUGCCCAGUAUUUGCUAGAUGCAGCCCGUACUGUUCGUCCCAACCUCUAUGUUGUUGCAGAGCUGUUUACUGGAUCAGAGGCCAUGGAUAUUCGCUUUGUGAGUCGCUUGGGCAUCAACUCGUUGAUUCGUGAGGCUAUGCAGGCAUGGGAGCCCCGCGAGCUGAGCCGCCUCAUCCACCGCCACGGCAUCAGGCCAGUCGGCUGCAUGGACCGCAGUAGUUUGUGCGAGGACGUACCAUGGACGGGACCUGAUGGUAAGACUGUGCCCAGCAGAGUUACGCCUCUUGUUCCUUCGCACCCUCAUGCUCUCUUCAUGGACUGCACACACGACAACGAAACGCCUCACCAGAAGCGCCGUGCUGAGGAUACCCUCUCCAAUGCAGGUCUUGUGUGCAUGACGUCUUGCGCUAUUGGCUCUGUCAAGGGCUACGAUGAGUUGUACCCUACUCUGCUGAACUUGGUGACAGAGAAGCGUCAAUAUGCGACCUACAAAGACCCCAUGGCCGUCGGUAUCACUAAUAUCAAGGCUCGCCUGAACAAACUUCACACCAAGUUGGCACUCGAGGGUUUCGAGGAGGCCCAUGUGCAUCACGAAAACGAGUAUAUCAUUGUACACCGUCAGCAGACAAGCACGUUGAAGGGAUACAUCUUGAUUGCCCACACAUCAUUCUACGACAACCCCAAACGAGGCGACACUAUGCCAAUCAAGCUUCGCGAUACCACUGCCAAGGUCAUCUUCUCUGUCGGUCUGGAAGUCACCUCCCGCACUCUCGAGAAGAACGAGACAUUUUUGAAGGGUCUUCCUGGUAAGAUUGUGGAGCUUGAAUACCCCAAGAUCUCAUCCCAAUCUGACAACCAAGGCGCCUUUACCCAGAUUGAUAUUCCUGAUCGAUUCCCCGGAGGCAGUAUUAUUCUUUUGGAAACCUCUGUCGACAGCAAGGUGCCCACCAACAUUGAGACCCUGGUCAAAACUGUCCCCGACAAUGUCUUUGGCGAACUCGGAUGGAUGGAGCUCAACAUUGUACUCUACCGUUGCGACGGCGAAGAGCAGGACCUUACUCCUGGUAACGGAGUGUACAACAUCCCUAAUCAUGGCCAGCUUGUCUACUGUGGACUGGAAGGGUUCAUCUCUGUGCUCAAGCCUAUCAUCGAAACCAAUGACCUUGGCCACCCAUUCUGUGCUCACUUGCGCGAUGGCCACUGGGCCUUGGACUACAUCCGCGACCGCAUCCAGAGACAUCUACACUUGUUCCCGGCGCUUAAGUCGUUGCUCGAGUGGUACACGGAUCGCAUGGGCGCCAUCAAGAAGCUGCCCAACUACCUCGUGCCUCGCUACUUUGCGUUGGCGACCAUGACAGCCUAUGAAGCUGCUCGCAACCGUGCCUACUCUCUGAUGCCACCCCUGAUCCAGCGGGGAGACUACUUCACAAAGUCGCUCGCCUUGACUGCUCUCCAGGUGUACAGCUUUGUGGACUCUGCCGGCUUGCACCCUACCAAGAAGACUCCCUCGCUUGCAGCCGGUUUGCCCCACUUUACGUACCGCCAUAUGCGCACAUGGGGACGUGAUGUGUUUAUCAGUCUGCGCGGUAUCCUCCUGGUCACUGGCCAGUUUGACGCUGCCAAGGAGCACAUUCUUGCCUUUGCCAGCAGUUUGAAGCACGGCAUGAUCCCCAACUUGCUUGACAGUCUCCGGUCCCCCCGAUACAACUCUCGCGACUCUGUUUGGUGGUUCUUCCAGUCAGUUCAAGAUUACUGCACCAUCGUUCCCGACGGUGAGGCUAUCUUGAAGGAAUCGUUCGCACGCCGUUUUCCCGAUGGCCAGACCUUUGUCGAGUACACCAGCCCUGAGGCCUACUCUGUCGACGUCACCCUUGAGGAGAUUUUGACCGAGAUUCUUGUGUGCCACGCCAACGGUAUUCACUAUCGUGAGUGGAACGCAGGACAUCGUCUGGACGAGCAAAUGUCGGACAAAGGCUUCCAGGUGGAUGUUGAUCUGGACUUUAAGACCGGAUUUGUCACUGGUGGGAACAUUUACAACUGCGGAACCUGGAUGGACAAGAUGGGAGAGAGCGCCAAGGCUGGCACCAAGGGAGUUCCCGCCACGCCUCGUGACGGUGCCGAUGUCGAGAUCAUUGGUCUUUUGAAGUCAUCACUGCGAUGGGUCAAUGACCUCCACAAGCGGGGCAAGUUUGCGCUGGAGAAGAUUGACGUCGGCGAGACCCGGUUCAAGGGCAAGGUCCGACCUGCCAGAACCCUUACGCUCAAGGAGUGGGAGGAGUUGAUCCAGAAGAACUUUGAAAAGCACUUUUACGUCCCCACCAACCCUGAGGAGGAUAGUCAAUAUGUGAUCGCUUCAGAGCUUGUCAACCGCCGCGGCAUUUACAAGGAUACCUACGGAUCUAUUACACCCUUUGCCGACUACCAGCUUCGUUGCAACUUCCCUGUAGCCAUGUGCGUUGCCCCUGAGCUCUUUGACAAGGCUCACGCUAUAGGUGCUUUGGAGCUCGCCAAAGAAGUCAUCCUUGGACCUCUCGGUAUGCGCACAUUAGAUCCUGCGGACUGGGCUUACAGACCCAACUACGACAACAGCAACGAUUCGGACGACCGCAUGAUUGCCAAGGGUUGGAACUAUCACCAGGGACCUUGUGACCCUGACUCUGUCAAGGACACGGUGUUUGAGCUGCACCGGAUGAUGUUACCACACAAGGCCCAGCUGGAGACGAGUCCGUGGGCCGGUUUGGCAGAGUUGACCAACCUGAACGGCGCGAUCUGUGUGGAUGCCUGCCAGUCCCAGGCUUGGUCGUCCUCGACGCUGCUAGAUCUUUUGCAUGACAUUGAUGCACUCCGAAAGGAUGGCCGCCUCAAGCAAUAA